CAAAAUUUCGAAGCACGAUCAUGCUUUGACCUGCUUCCACACCUUUUUGUGGAAACAAUAGACCAUGAUGUGGUAUUACCACUGCCUUGACCACAUCACACAAUAUUUAUUGACCAUGUCUAAAGUCCGGAUUUUGCAACAUUGAGUGUUUCAUCCUAGUCCAACGAUCUCAUCGCUCGCAAGCUUCACGAAAUACCUAAUACCAUCAGAAUCAGAAUGCGAUACCCAACUCCCUCAUCAACCAAGCUAUCUGAAAGUUCGCGGGCUACGAGACAUCCUUCUCGAUCCCCGAAAGUAAAUGCUGCGCCCUCCAAAGGUGUCCAUGCUCGCAAGCAUGUUCUCAAAGCAUCCAAGACUCGACGUGCUUCGGAUUAUGAUCCUAAGCCGAUACGUAUCGUUGUCCAUGGGUUACCUGGUUAUACUGGUGGUAUCUUGCCACCUGAUGCAGUAGACCCUCGUCCGCCCGCACUUCCCUUGGACGAUUUCGAAUGUAUUCGCACACUAGGCGACGGAGCUUUUGGUCACGUUCUACUCGUACGAGCACGCGAACAACCAAACCUAGGAAAACUGGCACGCCCAGGAUCAUUGUUCGCAGUGAAAGUCCUCUCCAAAGAAAGAAUGAAACAGAUCGAUCAGAAAUACCCUGGGGAUACUGAUGCGGAGAGAAUGCACCUGUCGGCAUUGCCCUGGAGUCGCUGGGUGAAUGGUGUCGUAGGCGCAUUCAAAGACGAAUUGAAUCUUUAUCUUAUGCUCGAGUUUAUACCGAGCGGGUGUUUCCACGACGUCAUCCAAACACGCGGCCCUUUCGACGCUGCCACCGCCCGGUUCUACUUCGCCAAUAUUGUGGCUGGGCUCUAUUUCCUCCAUGGCGAGGGAAUUAUUCAUCGGGAUCUCAAACCAGCAAACAUCCUUGUUAGAUCCGAUGGGUACUUGGCCAUCGCAGACUUUGGAUACGCCCGUUUAGAUCAGAUCGACAACGGACCAGUCACAGAAUGGCUGAUGAUCGGGACGCCGCUUUACAUGGCUCCUGAGCUCUUAUGCCACCAACACAUGACAGGAUACAGUGUCGACUGGUGGGCGGCAGGCGUCACGUUGUACGAAAUGCUCACGAAGAGAACGCCAUUCUUCGGUACGGACGAGAGCAAAAUAUAUAAAAGGAUUGCUUCAGGGAAGUACAAGUGGCCCAAAGGUCUCCGCUUGGGCACAUCCCUCAAGUCUAUCGUAGCAGGGCUUCUGACCACGGCAGCCGAGAAUCGUUUGGGUGUUAAGGAUUCCGUUCUCGACCACCCAUGGCUCGACAACAUCGAUUUUGACAAAUUGGAUUCCGGGAACUACAUGGCCCCUUGGAUCCCUGAAGCACCUGCGCCCACCCAGACGUGGUUAAAUAAGGGUCUUCCGCCCCAGCAUUGCAUCCCUGGACUCAAAGUUUGCGCACCGGCUGUGCACCGCGAGUGGGAUGAUCGUCUGCCCAGGAAACAAUUACCUAUUUAGCCUGACUCUUGCAAUAUUUCUUUCACUGCUAAUUACUGCACGUUGAUAUAUCGUCUGUAUUCCUUACACUAUCUAACAUAUGUAAGGACAGUAUCUAUUUCAUUGAUGCUCGUGCGAUUACUGUUGCCUGGCAAUACUAGUGAUGUAAUUGCGCCUUUCCGUACAUCAAUACUUAUGUGCAUCAGAGUACAUGUUCGUAUGUGGAUGAUAGGACUGUAUCUGCCCGCGCUCGCUGUCGUCUAUGGAAAACAUAACACUCUUGCUCAUAUCUCGGGUAUUUUGACAAUGG